AUGCUCAUCAGUAAGCAUGGUAUGGUUAAACUCAGUGAUUUUGGCACCUGUUACAAAAUAAAUGAAAUAAAUUCGGUUCAGAGCGGUGCUAUGGGCACUAUUGCCUAUUUUUCGCCUGAACUUGUGCGGACACCAUCUAAGCCGAGCACCAUUCAAGCUGAUAUGUGGGCCUUAGGCAUCAGUUUAGUGGAAAUUGUCAAUGGCAAACAUCCAUGCCUUGCUUCAGAUGGAACUGAUCAGUUUCAUGAAAUUUUAGCGUGGAAUCCAGAAGUACUCGAGGCAACUAUAUCCGUCGAUAUGCAAAAACUUAUUCUACACUUAUUGAAAGAAGAAGUUGAAGAACGACCUUGUUCUUAUGCUGAUAUUCUCAAUAUGUCCUUUAUUAAAUGUCUACCACAAAGACCAACAAAUGAAGAAUGUAAUUUUGUCAAUGAUGUAAUCCAGAUCAUCCAUAAACCUGGUGCUUAA